ACUUAAAAUUUAUUGGCCGGACAGAAAACAAACAAUUUGUUUAAACUUUAAAAAUUUGAAAGAAAAAUAUUAUUAAUCUAUUAAUAAAUCAUGGCUGGUGUAGAAUCAAUGAUCGUUGAAGAAAAACAGGCUCCAGUUCGUUCAGUUGAUCGUGAAAAAACAUGUCCACUAUUACUUAGAGUUUUCUGCUCAACGGCUGGGCGACAUCAUAGCAUGAGUGAAUAUUCUCAUGGCAGCACACCUUCAAAUGAAUUACAAAUUUACACAUGGAUGGAUGCCAGUCUCAAGGAGUUAACUAGUCUAAUUAGAGAUGUAAAUCCAGAUACUCGUAGAAAGGGCACAUAUUUCGAUUUUGCUCUCGUCUAUCCAGACCCUCGUCCUGGUACUUAUCGUAUGAGAGAAAUUGGUGUUACGUGCUCAGGACAACGAGGAGCUGAUGACAGCAAAACUCUCACUCAGGCCAAAUUUCAAAUUGGCGAUUAUUUGGACAUUAACAUUACACCGGCAAAUCGUAAACCAGAACAGCGUCAAGAUCGCCGUGAUCGUCGUCCAUAUUAAGACUAAUUUACUUCAUAAAUUAAAAACUCAAUUGAUUAUUUUUUCUUUUUUGUAUCUAUAUGUGAAUGAAAUUUCUUGAUCAAAUUACAAUUUUAUUCAAAUAAAUUUGCCCAUCACUCAAGUCA